AUGGAAGAAUAUGAGGCAUGCAUCUACAGUAUUGAAGUAACUAUUAACUUAAUAAUAAAGAUUCUUGAGGUGUAUGGGGACUAUAUUUUAGUGAUCAGUCAAGUUCGAGGAGACUGGGAAACUUGGGAUAAGAAGUUGAUUUCGUAUAGAGAACACAUGGUGAAACUAAUUCCCUAUUUUGAUGAAAUCACUUUUCAUUACAUCCCAAGGGAAGAGAAUCAGUUAGCUGAUGCUCUAGCUACUAUGGAAUCCAUGUUUAAAGUCAAGUGGAAGAAUGAAGCACUUGCCAUCGAUAUUGACCACUUGGGUGAACCAGCGCACUGUCUAGUAAUGGAGGCCGAAUAUGUCGAUAAGCCUUGGUUCUAUGACAUUAAGAGAUAUAUGGAAAUACAAGAGUAUCCCGAGAAAGCAUUUAUCACUGAUAAGAAGGAUUUAAGAAGAUUUUCUGUUAAGUUCUUCCUGAAUGGGGAUGUGUUGUAUAAGAGGAAUUAUGGUUCCGUGUUUCUCAGAUGCGUGGAUAGACACGAAGCAAGGACGAUCAUAAGGUCCAUCCACGAGGGUUGUGAAUGUGAACAUGCUAAAGGGCCCGCCAUGGCCAAGAAGAUCCUUCAGGAUGAUUAUUGUUGGACAACCAUGGAGGUCGAUUGUUAA